AUGAAUUCAACAGCAGUUGCAGGAGGAACUGCUCUUCCACCAAAUGGACCACAACCACAUCAUAUUCCACACCAAUAUCAUCAUAAUCAACAUCAACAAAGAGGUCAAUAUUAUGGAAAUGGUGGUAAUAGUGGAACAGGAGGAGGAGGAGGAGGUAGUAACGGUGGACAGGUUAGUUGGGGGGUUGAUUUGACAUAGGUUAUGCAAAUAUAUUAAAAUGAUGUCAUACUAGAGAAUAGUAUGAUGCAAUUAGGUUGAGUUCUCUUCUUAUCUCUGUCCAAAAUUGUACGGGUUUGGCGCCAGUUUUGUUGUUUUUUUGAAGCUAAGUUACACGCCACUUAAAAUUUGGUUUUAAAAAAACCGGGAAAAAAAGGAAUAACUCUUCGAAAUUUGAAAAUUUUCCGUGAAUUUCUAAUAUUUCUAGAUAGUUUUGAAGUCUUUUAUGAAAAGCGAACCGCGCUAUAAAUAAAACAUAGCUGAUCGCUCCAGGACCUUUUUUGAAAAAGUACGGUCGCAAUAUUUCAGCUGUAUGAACUUGUUUUUGUUUCUCGUUGCACUUUCUUCCCAAACAUUUUUCUUACUUACAUGACGUCAUUAAUUGUAUAGUUUGUCGGAAUCUUUUUGAUCUUUAGUGACUAAUCGACAAGUGCAUAUUUAUUUCUAUCACAUUAUUGACCUUACUAUAUUUCUGUCUGUUGACAAACGUACUAAAUUUAUAACCUGAAAUCAAAAAAAAUUCGUAUUUUUAGACAAACUUAUCUGUAACAGAUUCGCAAGUUAAUAUAUAAAAUUUAGAAAAAAAAUGUUCAUCAGGAAAAAAAAUUAUUUUCAGCCUUCAAAUCAAAAUCGUCAAGGUCCAUUUGGGAAUAAUAAUGGAUAUGGGCGUUAUACUGCUCAACAACGAGAUGGAACACCACAACAAGAUAAUGCACCACUCAGUUCCACAAAUUUGUAUAUUCGCGGUUUGACGCCGAGCACAACUGAUGACACACUUCGUGAUUUGUGCUCAAAAUAUGGAAAUAUUGCAUCGACAAAAGCGAUAAUGGAUAAAGCCACAAAUCAUUGUAAAGGUUAUGGUUUUGUUGAUUUCGAAAGUCCACAAGCUGCUCAAGCUGCAGUUGAUGGAUUAAACAAUGAUGGAAUACAAGCACAAAUGGCCAAAUUACAACAACAAGAACAAGAUCCAACUAAUUUAUAUAUUGCUAAUUUGCCUUUCGAAUUUACCGAACAAAUGUUGGAAACUGAAUUGAACAAAUAUGGAAUGGUUAUCAGCACAAGAAUCUUGAGAACACCAGAUCAACAAUCGAGAGGUGUUGGAUUUGCACGAAUGGAUUCGAAAGAAAAAUGUGAAGUGAUUAUUUCGGCAUUAAAUGGUGGACGAUUUGAAACAAUGUCGAAAGAUGCACCAGCACUUUUGAUAAAACAAGCUGAUACUGGAAGAAAAAAUAAAGUUGGAGGAUUGAAAAAAGGUGGAAUCAAUGGCGAAAUCUUUGAUCCUUCCAACUUUGGAUUCGAUCAAAGAAUGAUGGGAUCUCCAGAUAUGGUACCAAGAAUGCAAUAUCCUCAAGUAUAUCAACAAUAUUAUGGAUAUCAUCCACAAGUAUAUCAACCUCGUUAGUUUUUUCUAAUUAGCUUCGUUAUUUUGUUUGUUUGUUUUACAAAUUCAAAUGUUUUUUCUUCAGAAUAUGACGUGAACUCAUUAGCUAAUCAAAUGAGUGGAAUGCAAAUGACUGGUGGAAAUCCAUCCACAAACGGUGGAAACGAUUUAUACCACAUGUAUAAUGCUCAAGGCGGCGGAGCCGGAACACAAGGUGGACCACCACAAGGCGCUGGUGCGAAUCAACAAAAUUAUUAUGGAGCGGCAGCUGGUGGAGGAAGUGCACAAUUGAAUGGUGGAUUGCGGAAGGGAAAGGUUAGCUAUUUUCAAAGAAAUUAAAUAUCUAGGAUGUUACCUCGGCUAAUUUGUAGGCCAGAAGUUUGAAAAAAAAGUCCUCGUUCAUUCAUAUUUUAAUUCUCAAUAUUUUCAGCCAAUCCAACAAUAA